GGAGGUGAGCAGAGGGCCACUCCGAGCACGGGCCAUCCACACGUCGAGUGGGACCAGCGCCCAGAGUUCCUUAUGACAGCAGCAAACCGCCUUGUUCCCAGUGAACGUUGUGUGUCGUGAUUACGGUGCUCAUCAGUCCCUCUAUGCAGACAAAACUGUGCCCACACAGAAAGCCUAAAACUCAGAACGCACCCUCGCAUUACAUGUGGCUAGUGAUGAUCCACAGCUGAGGUGACACGGAGGUGCCACAACCUGGCCGUGGGCCGCGGGUGGUCUGCGGGGCGGAGCUGAAGGGGCGGCGCCGCGUGCACACCAACGCGAGUGAGAUGAGAGCGGCCGUGCAUGUGGUGGUGGCGUGGGCGGUGGUGGGCGUGUGGGUGUGUGGAGCCACCCGCGUCCCCUCACCCAUCAGGAUCUCCGUGUACGGCCGCGACAACGCCUUUUCUUCCAACUCCUCCUCCAACUCCUCUUCCUUCAUCAGCUACACGAGACCACGACGGAACGCCACCUACGUUGCCUCCAGCUCGGAGAUAAAAAUCGGCGACGAGGAAGAAGAGACUCUUUCACUCCAGCACGACGAUGAAGACGAUGACUCCGAAACAGAACUUGAAGGCAUGGGUGGCGUUAACCGCAUGGGCGUGGCUUCCGGGGCGUCGACAUCAAGAAAACUACGCCCACACCUUCGGGAAUCCAAAAGACGCCGCUCGCAGUCGCUCCUGGACAGCACCAGAGGGAUAGCCGCUCCACCCAGCUUCGGUCCCCCUGCCGCCCCUGCACCACCAGCGGCACCUGCGCCCCCUGCAACACCUCUGUCACCUUCCCCACCAGCAGCACCGAGACCCCCAGCACCCCCACGCCCACCAGCACCACCUGCGCCCCCUCAUGCCCCAGCGCCCCCUGGUUCGGGUCCUCCAGCGCCGCCUAUCAGCUCCCCUUCGCCCCCAGCCGUCCCAAUGCCACCCUCCACACCCACCCCUACAAGCUUCGGUCCGCCCGCCAUCCCCGUGCCCAUCAGCUCCCCCUCACCUCCCCCAGGCUCCGAUCAGGCACAGGUCACAGAUAUCAAAUGCAUGGACACGGGAUCCACCAGCUCGUUCAUGGCGGUGCUGUCGCUUCCUCUGGGCUACAACGCCAUUCCGGUAUUCGAGGAUCGACCCAACGUGGACCCGACCAUCAACACGGCCUGCAGGAUGAUCCCCACACAGCUCACCAGUGACAUCUUCCAGCUCUUCGUGACCGACCUGGAGCGGUGUGGCGUGUCCAAGUGCCGCCAGCCCACUGGGGAGACGUGGUUGUGCCUGCAGCUGCGUUUUCCUUUGGUCAACGGCCUCAAACUUCCCGAGGACGAGAUUAUCCACAUCAGGUGCCGCCCCCAGGACAAGACUUCCCAGGAAACUCACGUGCUCAGGGUAGCAACGGCAAACACAGGGUUGUCGUCAGCCUCGGUGUUUGAGGGUGGAAAGCAGGAGUUCGAGUGUGAGAUCGGCCUUUUCAGAAAGCUGCCGGGCACACAGCUCUUCGCCUCCAUCGUCACGCCAGAGGUGGAGCUUGAUCUUGGGGAGGAGGUGCAGCUGAGAUCCAUCGUGCGGGCAGGCGACGGGUGGGAGUACAGCCGCAUCACCACCAUCAUCAUCCAGAAGGUGGGCCCGCCUCGUUCACGCUCCAUCCUUAACGCCGCCGACCUGGUCUUCGCUGACGGCUGCCGCAACCCUACCUACAAGGUGAUCGCAAAGCAGCACCCAAAGAGGGAUCCGAGGAACCCACUCAUCAAUAACUUCAACUUCCGCAUGUUCAUGUUUCAAGACAUGCUGCCAGGCGACACCCUCAUGAUCACCGCCAAUGUCAUCGGCUGCGUGGACGCCCAAGACUGUGCUCCUGUUAAUUGUGACGGCGCAGGGGAAACAGACUUCCUGGGUUUUGGAAGACGGAGGCGCGCGGUAAGCCACACUUUCACUACCGUCGUUCCCGUCACGGUAGGACACUUCGCGUCAUCCGGUCCGCCCUUCCCUCCUCCCGUCACCUCCACCUCGCCCUCGCCGUCACCGUCACACUACAGCAGCCAUCGACAACAAGACAACACAACCAAAUGGGAGAGGAAUCUAUCCGUCAGAGUCAAAAUUCCAGACGACGAGGUGCAGCAGGAGUCCCUCGAGGAGCGUGAGUGUCGCCUGUACCUCUUCAUCACGUUGGGAGUGUCGGCCGCCUUCUGCGUCUUUUCCAUGGUGUUCGUCUCCGUGACUCUUCUGCGCAGCCGCACCAAGAACGUAUCUCAACCCUCUCCUGUUGCUGUGGUCACUCAGCCGCCGCCGCCACCUCCACAACAGCAUUAUCUGUCACCUGUCUGUCCCAGCUCUACGCGACCUGUGCUCCCCGAGGACGCCAUGUCAAACCUGUCAAACCACAGCGCCUCGCCUCUCCAUGACUUCCCUGUCCCCGUCCCUCCUACAGUCCGUCAAAGAAAGCGUCAAGUCAACACAGAACUGCUGAGUAUUUUCAACAACGACCAUCUCCAGUUUCCGUGCGGUUCAUACUUUCCUGGGAUGCUCAACUACUACGGGUAUGUGGUGGUUCCUCGCAGGCCGUCAGACUGCAAAGUUAGGGAGAAGAAAUCAAGGAUAAACAAGAGAGACCGCAGGAGAUACCAGAUGAGUGAGGCGGAAAGACAAACAGAGGACACUGGCAGUCAUUUCAGCGGCAUCGAUGGAGGAAGUCGCAUAUCCGCUACACACGGCGGCCACAAGGCGGUCAUCCGAGUCUCUGGGACCAGUUCAGAGCUGGUCAACUCCCGCUCCACACUCUCACCGAAGCCUCUGCCAAGAUCCAGAGUACACACGAAUGAUGAAAAUAUUUAUAGUGAAAUAACGCAAGGUGCUAUGCCGACUAUAGUCUGAACAAAGGACGAAAAUAACAAAAAAAAAAAAAAAAGCAAGGGGCAAAAGGAACAUUAAACUCCCAGAAAUUAGUCGGAGUCAUGUCUCGCAGGGAGCGUGAAACCUCAAGACUUGUGUUGUAUCUUCGAAACUUAUAAGUCUGUUUUACUUGUCUAUGUUGUAAUUACAAAA